AUGAUAAAUCAAGAGUGGAAAAACAAAACGGUUGUUACAGGGUUCAUCCUCCUGGGAUUUGGGAAUGCCCCUGAACUGGAUUCUCUUCUCUUCCUGAUGGUUCUGUCAAUCUACAUUGUAACCAUAACUGGAAACACCUGCAUCAUUGUGCUGAUGGUGGCUAAUCGGCACCUUCACACCCCAAUGUACUUCUUCCUGGGCAACUUGGCCUGCUUGGAAAUCUGCUACAGCUCAAAUAUCUUGCCAAAAAUGUUGCUUAGUUAUCUGGGUGGAGACAGAAGUAUUUCAGUCAAUGGAUGUUUUACACAAUACUAUUUCUUUGGUUGCUUGGCAGCUGCAGAGUGCUAUCUCCUCUCAGUGAUGUCCUAUGAUCAGUACCUAGCAGUCUGCAAACCUCUGCACUACCCAUCCGGUAUGAACGGCAAGCUCUGUCUCCAGCUGGGUGCUGCAUCUUGGAUAAGUGGCUUUCUGUCUAAUUCUAUACUAACAUUCCUGAUCUCAGAUUUAGAUUUCUGUGGGCCUAAUGAAAUUGAACAUUUUUUCCGUGACUCAUUCCCAAUAAUAAAACUCUCCUGUAGUGACACUCAUGUGGUGGGACUUGUCACUUCUGUUGUGGCGGGUGUGUGCUCACUGCCUCCAUUUCUGUUGACCUUCUCAUCCUAUCUCUACAUUAUUAUCACGGUCAUGAGAAUUCCUUCUGCCAGUGGGAGAAAAAAGGCCUUUUCCACUUGCUCCUCACAUCUUAUUGUGGUGAUUCUUUUUUACUGGUCAAUAUUAACUGUUUAUGUACUUCCUCAUCAUGACACCCAAAUAUCUCCAAACAAAGUCUUCUCUGUUUUUUACACCAUUCUCACUCCCUUGGUCAAUCCUCUCAUCUACAGUCUGAGAAACAAAGAAGUAAAGGAAGCUCUGCGAAAACAGACAAGUAAAUUGCUGGCCUUCAGAGGGCUGCUUUCUGUUAAAAAAAGGGGGGUAAUAAUCCUCAAUGAGUUACAGAUGUCUACAUCCAAGUCAGUCAUCUGGACUCCAUUGAUUGCAAAUGAAGAGUGUGAGAAACAUUGCUUGAAUGUGGUUCAUCUGGUCUAUUUCAGACAUCUGGUUUUGGUAAUUGUUUUGAUCCCAUUUAUCCUGAUAGCAGCCUCUUACAUUCAGAUAAUCCAUACCAUCCUCCAAAUGCCAUCUGCCGAAGGAAGACGCAAAGCUUUUUUCACCUGCAUUGCUCACCUGGUGGUGGUGACACUGUUCUACUGCACAACUGGCUUGAUACAUUUAAAGCCAAAGUCCAGUCUCUUGCCAAACAGCAGCAAAAUGGUGGCUCUUUCUUACAUAGUAGUAACUCCUAUGCUGAACCCAAUCAUAUACAGCUUACGAAACAAACGGAGACCGCCCCCCCGCGCACCGCUACCGCCGGAGCCGGCGGGGGAGUUGGGGGCGGCGCGGGGAGCGCUCAGCAGCACGGCCGGUUAG